GUUGUAGUGAAACAGUAGUCUCGGUAGGACGUCUCCGCGGUCGUUCGUAGUCGCGCCGGGAAGCACACUAGAUCUCCAGUCCAGUAGUCUUAGGUUGGCUCUUUGGGGGAUUGGGAUUUUGAUCGGUUUUAUCGGAUUCGUUGCGGCGGGAAGACUUCCGGGAAGAGUGCGUACGCGACGUCGAUCCGGAAGUUUCGUGCGAAGUGGUACGCGUGUGUGUUCGUCGUUGUUGUGGUGGAGACAGACUACGGAGAAGGUGAACUAGUUGCCGUGCUCCAUAAAUCUUGUGCGUGUUGUUUUUGAAGGAUAGAAUAGACGUAGCCAGUUACCAUGACGUAAUUUCGGAAGCCCCGGGGGAGGAUCGCAGUUGGAAGUCGUCCCUUCCAGGAGAAGGACCAGUGUAGUGUUCGGUGGAUGUUCAAAGACCUUGGCGAGUUACCAACUCAUCCUCCGGCGUAGAAGUCCGACACAAGUCCAGCAGAAAUCCAGCGGCGUACUAGUUCAGAGAGGAAGCACCGAAAAUUAUAAUAAAUGAUCGUUAAUUAGAACUAUGACUGGAAGCUUUUCAGUCGGUGGCCGGCAGUUCACCGCCAAGCCAAGUUUGCCAGAGCGGCUGCCAUGAGUGUGGUGAGUUGAUGAUUACCGCGGGUUCGUACUAGCGUGUGCCCUCUAGUUCAACCAGCAUGGCUUCUUCGUGUGGAUAACGCCAACAACCUCUGAUGUGCUGUGUGAAAUAUUUGAUUACCAUUGGGAAAAGAAGCGGUAUGAAAAGAGUGAGGGGAGCUUAAAAGUGCUGGAAAAGUGAGAAAAUUGAAGAGAGAUAGUGGUCAGUGAUUGAAGGAAAGAAGAAUUUGGUGGAAAGCGAGGAAGAUCUUCCACCAUUUUAUAAUAAUUUCGCCUAAUGUGUCCUAGAGUAGUGCUUAAGAUUUCAACCCCGUCAAAUCAGUGUCUAUUUGGUGUUUUAAACAGUGAAAAUCGCAUUGAAUAGCUCAAGUAGUGAAUAGUCAAAUUAGGAAAAAUAAAAUCCAGAAAUCAGUGCUCAAUUGGUGAAGUUGUCCAAGCCAUGACGUCGUGUCCAGUUCCGACCAAAACCGUUCUUCGUCGUGCUUCUUCCUGGUGAUAUGUCACUGCUGCGAAGUGGUGGCGUGGACGACGAGAAGAAUGAACUGGAUCAUACUCGGGGUGGUCUUCAUCCUAGCCUCGCCGCAGCUCCGUACGGAUCGUCGCUCCUCGCCGUCGUUGGAGUCACUGACGAGUUUUGUCGGUGGUGGGAUAGCCGCUGUCCAUGGGACGCCACUAGUUGCAGAUCCCAUUUUGGCGUCACUGCGUGCGAUAAAUCCAUUCAUCAAGCACUGGGAACCGGCGCGGUUCGACCGGGCCCAGCUGGAGGUGGCCCACCGGCACCACGAGGCCCACCGGAGGCGGCGACGGAGCGUCAACUAUGACCACGGGGCGGCCAGCUACGGCCCCGCCAACGUGGUCCGGCUCAACUUUCGGGCCCACGAUCGUGACUUCCGGCUGGUGCUGCGCGAGGAUCCGACCUCGGUGUACGCGCAAAACGUGCAGAUCGAGAACACCGAGGGACCGGUCGAUUACGACCUGUCCCGGGUCUACACCGGCGUCGUCGAAGAUGACGACGCCUCGCUGGUGACCGGGGUGCUGACGCGGGACGCCCUGUUCGACGGCACGAUCGUGACGAGCCUCGAGCAGUACUAUAUCGAGCCGGCCGCCCGGUACGAGCCGGACCUGCUGGAGCGGCACGGCAUCCACACUGUGAUCUACAAACUCAGCGACGUCCGGAUCCGGCAGGACCACCACGGUCACGACGACGACGACCACCCUCACCACCACAUUCAAGAGGAAGAGGGUGGUUCCAGCGGGAAGAAUCAAUUCAAUCAAAAGUCUGAUGGUAGUGGUAGCAACAGCAACAGUAGUAGUAUUAGUAGCAACGUUAGCAGCACCGGCGGUAGCAAUAGCAAGAGUAUUAGUGAUAGCGGAAGUGACCGAACGCGGGGCGGUGAUAGGUUAAGUAGCCAAAGUGCGAGUGCGGAUAGUGGGAACGAGUUUGCGGCAAGUGAGGGUGGUGGGGUGCGACGGAAGCGGAGCAACCGAAAGAGCGACAUCAAGCGGAGGAAACGAUGGCUGCCGGAAGAGAUGCAGGAAACUCGAGGGGCUCCAUCGCUUCCGCUAGAUCUCGAGGUUCCAUACAACGAUGAUUUCAGCCUGACGCGCAACCAUAACCUCAACCUUAACUUUAAGGAUCGCAUCAUCACGCGAACCAGUCUGGCCAACAAUAAUAACAACAACAACAACAACAACAAUGGUGCCGGAAUUCCGGGAACCACCGGUCAAACGGUAAACCGAAACAUCAACUCGAACUUGCAGGACCGGUUCCACCCGCCGACGCCGAUGAACAACCGCAAGAAUCACUUCCUGAUCAACACGUACAACCCGAACGGCGAUCCGAACCAGCGGAUCAUAACCCGCAACCGGAACAUCAUCGGAAACGUGUACGACGCGAACCAGAACAACGGUUCCAACCCGAACCACAAAACGCACGUCGAAAUCAUCACCAAGAACGGGUCCACCAAGAAGAACAUCAUCGUGAACCAGUACGAUCCGGACGUGACCAUCAGCGGAGGAACGGGCGGAAACGUCAACCUGAACGUGCGCAACGAGCUGAACGAGCAGAAGCACUCGUUCGCGAACUCGCUGUACGACCGGAAGAGCACGUGCAUGCUGUACCUGCAGGCGGACCACACGUUCUUCACCAAAAUGGGCUCGGACGAGGCCAGCAUCGAUGCCAUCACGCGGCACGUGCAGCGGGCGAACAUGAUCUACGAGAAGACUGAUUUCAACGGCGACGGCAAGCCGGACAACAUCACGUUCAUGAUCAAACGCAUCAAGGUGCACAACCUGAACGCCCUCAAGGAUCCGUCCUAUCGGUUCGCCGGCAGCUACGGCGUCGAAAAGUUCCUGGAGCUAUUUUCGGAGGAAGACUACGACGCGUUCUGUCUGGCGUACAUGUUCACCUACCGUGACUUCGAGAUGGGCACCCUCGGUCUAGCUUGGACCGGUGAUCUCAAGAAUGCCGGUGGAGUCUGCGAAAAGAACGGGCACUACCGAGGAUCGCUCAAGUCGCUCAACACCGGCAUCGUGACGCUGCUCAACUAUGGCAAGCACGUGCCUCCGGCCGUUUCGCACGUGACGUUGGCCCACGAAAUUGGACACAACUUUGGAUCACCGCACGAUCCGGAGCAGUGCACGCCGGGCGGCGAGGACGGCAACUUUAUCAUGUUCGCCCGGGCCACGUCCGGCGACAAGCGCAACAACAACAAAUUUUCGCCGUGCUCGCUCAAGGCCAUCGAACCGGUGCUGAACGCGAAGGCUCGCAGCGCCAAGGGGUGCUUUACCGAACCCCAGGCAUCGAUCUGCGGCAACGGCGUGGUGGAGCCCGGUGAGCAGUGCGACUGCGGCUGGGAAGAGGACUGCAAGGAUUCCUGUUGCUACCCGAUGUCCAGGCAUCCGCGUAUCGACCAGAAGCCGUGCACGUUGACGCCGAAAUCGCAGUGCAGCCCGUCACAGGGUCCGUGCUGUACGCUGGAGUGCACGCUGAAGCUCGGCGACAAGUGCCGCGAGGACAACGGAUGUCGCGAUCCGGCGUUCUGCGACGGCACGAUGCCGGUGUGCCCGGCGUCCGUUAACAAGCCCAACAAGACGAUCUGCAACAAGGAGUACGUGUGCUACAUGGGCGAGUGCACCGGCUCGAUCUGUCUGGCGUACGGGCUGGAGUCGUGCCAGUGCGCGGUCGGUCCGAACGAUCCGGCCAUCCGGGCCUGCGAGCUGUGCUGCAAGCAACCUGGCGAGGACAAGCCUUGCCUCAGCUCGUUCGAUUGGAACGAUCCACCGUUCGACGUGCCCGAUAUGUACGCGAAACCUGGCACUCCGUGCAACGACUACAACGGGUACUGCGACGUGUCGCAAAAGUGCCGCGAAGUGGACCCAUCGGGACCGCUGGCCACCCUCCGGAAGCUGCUUCUCUCCGAGGAGAGCAUUGCCAGCUUCAAAAAGUGGGUCGUGUCCAACUGGCCGGCAGUCGCUCUGGUAGCGGUCAUCAUCCUUGCCCUACUGGUACUGAGCGCGAAACUGCUGGGCAAGCGGACAAGCCUCAAGCUGAAGACGGUCACGAUCAUCCACUCGGCGACCACGGAGACGGUCCGGCUGCCGGAGGACAACAAUGGCGUCAUAGUGCACACGGCCGUCCGUACCAAGGUGCCGCUGAAGAAAAAGGUCCGUGGCGAGCGAUCGGGCAAGGGCUCCAAAACGGGUCCCCUUCCGCCGGGUCAGAACGGUCAGCAAGUGCUGGUGGCCGGCGUUCCGAAGCAGCUGCUCGCCACAGCCAACGGUCCGAACGGCGGAGUAGUCACCACGGCAGCGGCAGCCGGAAAUCCGGUGACAAUGAUUCCGUCCACCUCCAAGGAUCGGUUCCAUCUGUCCAGAUCGUCAACGAACAACCCGGCCGCGGUGGUCAUUAAGCAGGUUAAGCGACACGUCGGCAAGACUACGACGACGACCACCGGUGGAACGGAUAGUCCCAAGAAGUUGCUGAAGAAGAAAAAGAAGCGAUCCAGUGCUGGGACGCAACCCGGCGUGCCCUCGGAUGAGUCACCGGUGAAGGAACCGGUGGUGAAGCAGAAGAAAAAGAAGACCAAAUCAAAACACAAAGAAGUGAUCGACUAUUCAAGUCGGACCGAUGGGCACGGUCAUACGAACACGUUCGGGAAGGUUCACCGCUGGUUGCUGGAGUCUCCGAUCGUGACCAACGCCACGAACCAGUUUGAGCACGCGUCCAAAAUCACCAACAUUAUGAACAAGAGCCAGUCGACGCCGGAGCAUUUGACGACCGGAACGGCGGUGCCACAGCUGGCACAACCUGCGCCACAGCAGCGAUCGCCGAAGAAGAACCGCGUGAAGACCAAGUCGGUCGGGAACAUCAACGAGAAGGUCCGACUUCAAGUGGUGUACAAGCCGCCGUUCAAGUUCAGCUUAAAGCUGUCCAAAAACGAUCCCUCCGUCAAGACUCACAUCGUGGCUGGUCCCGUGGGCAAGCGGAAGGGUCGAAUGGUCGACCGAAAGCGGGUAGCCGCUGCCAUCCAAUCCGAGUCCCAGCGGGGUCGGCCAGCGAUUCUGGUACGGCCGGCACUGGACGACGUGAUGCCGAUCAUGUCCGAGCCAAACUACGAAACGUUGAAUCCACGGAACGUAGCUCCAGACGGUGGACCGGUCCCAACCACGACCGACCCUCAUGUGUACGAGAAUCUCCAGUUUGGCUCGACCGAACUGCCCAACUCAGUGCCACCUCCAGCGCCCAUCAACACGGCCACGUUCCGCAUCAACCGUAGCGCUAGUGGUAGCAACAUAGUCCAUCCGGGGGCGGCGCACCUCAACCAUCAACGACCUGGCAGUAGCACCAACAGCCGGGAACGUGACAAGAACCGCCGGUCGUACGGUGGCGCCAUCGGCGGUGAAAGCACCGAAAGUCUCAUCCGUUCGAGCACAACGAACCUGGCCAAGCGAACCGGCAGCAGCAAGCGAAACAGCUUCGCCGAGAAGCGACGAUCCAGCUCGACCAGUCUGCACCAGCGGCACUCCGGAUCCACGUCGAACCUCCACUCGAUGAAGCGGCAGGGCUCCUCCAGCCAGUAUCUCAACCAGGAACCACCCCACGAACCGUCCAUCGGCCGGCGGCAUAGUACCAGUGUCAAACCAGUAGAUAGCAGCAGCAUCAAGAAGCAGAAAAUCGCCCGAACCUCCAGUAGUAACAACAUUCCGGCUUCCGGUAGCUCCGGAAGUGGCGCCCAACGGCGCAGUAGUAUAGGUCCCAGUAGCAGUAGUAGACCCGGCGGCGGCCCGUCGACCUCCAACAACCACAACCUCAUCCUCAGCCGGCAGACUUCGCUGAAUGUGGCGAAAAGUGGCCACAAACCACCCGGCCCUCCGGAUCGGAGGCCACACACGUCGUCCUGCGACGAACGACAGGCCUUCGAGUGGCCCUCCAACGAUCCGCUGCCCUCGGAUAUGGAGGUCAUGGUGUCAGACGCCGAGAACCUGGACAGAUAACCUUAGGCUUAGGCAGCAUAGAUAGCGCGAAUUAGUCACCCCGUGGGAGGGCCGCUGCCGGCGCCGGCGGCCCUCGUGUUCAUAUCGAUUUUAAAGCAAAGAACUCCCUGAUUUUAACAACCCCUUCCUCCAAAACAAAAGAACCAGAUUAGUUUAUGUUUUUAUCAAGUGCCAAGAACAUUUUACGGGAAGAUAGAAGAAAUCAGCACACAUCAAUCACCGAUCGCGAUCAAUCAAAACUAGACGGAUAUUUGCGGAUCUGAUAUUUACACGACCUAUUUUCUCGAAUGGAAGCAUAUCAGAACAAGUAGAUCUUGAAAAAAAGAUAGUAAAACUAGCAAAUCGUUGGACUCACCACAAAUUCUUUCACAAACAUUCUGCGCUAGCGAUGGCCAAGCACCUUACUCAACCCCCGGCAGCUCAAAACUGCUGGGCAGACACGUUUUGACAGUCCCUCACGCGAUCGCAGCGCCGCUCUACAAGUCACAUUUCCGGCUGCACUGAAACAAAUCAUUCCAUGCAAUUCAUACGCGAAAGAAAACGAACAAAAGAAAAACCAUCAACAAACGAAACCUGCCAAAAUUUCACCAAUUCUCGGUUUUAUAGAAGAACAAAAGGUGUCUAAAUUCAUCGAAAUUUUUGCCGCGUUUGCAAACAACAACACAUUUUUUAAAUGAACCCGCUUUUUGGAGAUUGUGCGCGACUCAGUUGAGACUCAGUGAUAAGAGAGAGAAUGCACCCAAAAUCACACACAAACCACACUGACACGAUGUAGGAUAAAGUAAUUUACACAGCAACUAAUAAAAGUAAUCAUGUAAAUAGUGAUACAUUCCAAACUAGCUAUAAUGAAAUUAGUUUGAGCGGUGGCGCAAAGUGAAAAGAUAAAGCUUUUAUUGUGAAUAAAUUUUGAACAAAGAAAAUCAACAGAAAAAAAACUUAUAAAUAACUUAACUUGUCGAGAAGAACUAAUUUUAUACAUAAAUUAUAUUAAAAGUUAAGGCGAAUGGAUGAAACUUAAACUAAUAAAGCAACUAAUUCAAAUAAGUUGAAUGUGAUUCUAAUCUUUAAAUAAAUCAAAUUUAUGGAAAAGCAACCGAGAGUCGAGCAACUGUGAAAGGUGUUUAUUUUAAACUCGUAAACCACACUCACACUUACACAGCCCAACACAUUCGCAAAACAGAGAUCUACUAUUUAUACACGCAAAACAAUAUGACUAACAUUGUGCACGCAGACAAAUAACGCAUCCGCCCCAAAUCCUUUUCUCCAGUCACAAAUUCGAAACAUGUCAAUAAAGUAAUGUUUGAGGCUUCCACUGUUACGAAGAAUUGAUCCACAACUUAUCCUCCCUAAACAAAAAAGAAUAAAAACCUAAAUCUACCUUACCGAUAAGAAAACAAAACAUCAAAAAGCCCUUUAUUUUUCUACUUACCAAUUACCGAAUGCGCCCACAUCCGCGAAUCCCGCAACUCCCUGUUUGCAGCCUUUAUUGAAAAAAAGCAACACUUCCGCAACACACUACUACAAUUACUGUACUGAAGACAGAUGAAUGAUUCCUACAUCAAAUGAUAUUACUUGAAAACAACUAAAAGAAGAAUUAAAACAGUAACGAAACUUGAAUGCAAUUAUUUUCUGUGCAGUAGAACAACAGUAAGACACACGGUCGAUGCAUACAGAAAGACACACACACAAACACCCACAAAAAUAGUAUAUGUGUAAUAUAUUUUCUCACAGACGUCAAACAAGCGAAAAGAGAACAAUGGCGGUUCACUCCUCGGUGACGCGAGCGCCACGCAGCGGCCAAUGAGCGAAGCACUGUUGCCAGGUCGCUCAAUUUUCUUUCCAAAUUUAAAUCGCAGAAAACAGCGUCCUGUAAAUAGGUGAAACAAAUUCCACGUGGCAAUAAUAAAAUUUAAAAAUAAAACCCCCCGCAGCGAUUUCCACAAACGGCUACAAAUCAUAAAAGGUUACCACGCACCACGCAAACCCAAUUAUGAUCGUAAUGGAAAAUAAACGCAGUAUUAUUUUUAUCGAGGCUCGCGAGGCGUUGCGGAAAAAAAGGUGAAAUAAAUUCCAGAAAAAAAAAUCAAUGAACCAUCUCAUUUCGCGCGACGGGAUAAUGUAAACAGAAAAAAUAGGUGCAACAUUUAAAAAAAUCAACAAACCAACAGUGGCGCGGGAAUAACUUUGCGGCAAAAAGCAAACACGGCGAUUGUGAACCAGAAGUCAGUGAAAUUAACAUUAAUAAAGAAUGGAAAAGAGCGAAAUAAAAAGUAAUAAAAAUUAAUUGA